UACGAUCUUGCCGCCGCGCUGCCACUGCGCUGUUCAGAGCGGGGGAUUUUUCCAUCUGUCAACAGUAAAAGCAAAAAUAAACCCCCCCAAACGAGCAGAACUUGUUUGAGAUCAACAACAAGUAGGGUCUCGGGCUCUGGUCGAAUCACUUCCCGUGAAACAGUUGUCUUGAGUAGACCUCAAAACGUAGUCACAAAAUGCAGAAAACUGAGCAAAACAAUCUCGCAACUAAGCGGAAUAAAAACGUUAAGAGAUUCCCAAAGGAACUGAUAUUUCUCUGUGUGUUUCUACUGAUACUAGUGGCACUGGCUGCUGGUUACGCCUUUUGGAUGAUGAAUAAAAAUCUGGGUUUAGCCCAUUCCCCAAUGAAUUCCAAUAAUAAUCUGCACAUACUCGACCGCAUCGAAUGGCAGGGGGAACCACCCAGCGAUAAAUAUGAGCACCUCAAGCUCCCCAUCUCCAAUGUAAUCAUCAGUCACACGGCCACCGAGGGAUGUACGACAGAAGAGAUUUGCAUCUAUCGUGUGCAGACUAUUCAGGGUUUUCACAUGAAAUCUCUCGGCUGGGUGGAUAUUGGCUAUAACUUUCUGGUAGGCGGGGACGGGCAGAUCUAUGUGGGACGUGGCUGGCAUAGUCAGGGGCAGCAUGUGCGCGGCUAUGGCGCUGUAUCCAUAAGCAUUGCCUUCAUUGGAACCUUUGUGAAUAUGGAGCCACCAGUGCGACAAGUGGAGGCGGCCAAGCGACUGAUGGACGAGGGUGUGCGCCUGCAUAAGCUGAAUCCGGACUACCACAUCUAUGCCCAUCGCCAGCUGAGUCCCAGCGAGAGUCCCGGCCAGAAGCUGUUCGAGAUGAUCAAGCGCUGGCCACGCUGGAUACCGGAUGUGACACAAUUGCGCUUGCUUGGAAAUGCCACGCUAAAGUUCGUCACACGCGCCUACUGGUUGGCCCAACUUCCUGGGAAGGCACUGCCUCCCCUGAACCGGCCCGUGAACACCGUACGCUUCGUGCUCACUGCGUCACCCGCGUGCCACACCCAAGCAGGGUGCGUUUUCCAAGUGCGGCUACUCCAAACAUUUCACAUCGAGAGCAGCGGUUACACGGACAUCAACUACAAUUUUGUGAUUGCCGGCGAUACGAACAUCUACGAGGGCAGGGGCUGGGAUCAAAGCUGCGAGACAGAACAAGAUCAGUUUUCCUCGAAUAAGCUCGUGGUGGGCUUUGUGGGUCCCUCAGAUAGCAAUAAGAAAUUGGCCCUGGAACUCAUAGAGCUGGGUAUCAAAUGGGGUCACAUAAGCAAGGAUUAUACACUUAUAGACAACACAGCAUAGAAUUCAGGAAGCAGGCAAUGAUUACCAGUGCCAUCCAUGAAGUGAUACUAGUGUUAAGAUCUAUACAAAAUCCCAUCUCAUACUUAUAUAGAAAUAAACAUGCCUUUAAUGAGUGUUUUAACA